AUGUCUUACGAAGCGAAAGUUUUGUUUGAUGCCACUCAGAAUGCUGGCUCUUUAUUGCACUUCGACUUUUUAGUGGACGAAAGUUUCGUUCUGGUAGUUGGACUAACUUCCAAAGGUUUGCCUUUCAAUAAGAGCUCUUACUUGAAAUUUUAGGAAAUAUUGUUAUAUUUCACGAAUCGAGGAACCAGAAGUCUUGCAAUUACGUUAACAUUUAUGACAUUUACUCCGAUUUUGUCGAGACAAUACUUAUCAAUCUCUUGCCAGAUGCCUCAGCGAUUGUACUUGUUCUAUCAAAUAGCAACCUUCUAGUUAUUCCCACCAAAUAUGUUAUAGUAAGUGUAUAGUGCACACUAUUACCGUUUAGAAUGCAAACUGGGCUCAUCGUCAAUCGUAUUACACUCAGCCGGUGGUUCUUAACCUGGAAUUCUCCGGGCCCAACAAAUGUCUUCAUCUUCCUACUUCUGUUGUCUCCUAUCUUUCCAAAAUUAACAAUAGAUACUACCUUAUUUUCAGUCAAAAAGUAAGUUAUAGUAAAUUAAAGUACAUGGAUUUAGUCCGGCGCCGUGAAUGUGGUGGAUUUGGAACUUCAGAAGGUGAUAGCUAGUAUAAGAACGGACGAAACGAUUGACGAAUUGCAAGUUUUCCGCCAUGAAUCAGAUGGCAUCUUGUACUUGAUUGUUUCCCAAUUCACCGGAAAACAAUAUUUAUGGCCACUGGAAACAAAAACCGAGGGGAUCCGAGAAGUGUGGUCACAUUUUGUGCCGGACAGUGAUCUAAUCUCUGUAUCCACGAAGCUUAAUUCUCACAAUUACAACAAAUUACUUACUUUGUACAAUUCUGAGAUGGGGACUGUGAGUUGAGCUACUUCAAUGUAUUGUGUUUUCAGUUGACGACGAUUAAAGAAUUGGCCGGUCUCAACAAUCAAACAGGGAUGUCGGUUCCUCAGAAGGUCUGGAUUACAUAUUAUUCUCCACAUCUGAUGGUUUUUGUGGUCUCCGAACAAGAAAUACAGUAUACUCUGCCGUUUGAUGAGGUCAGUUUAAUAAAUUAAGACAAUUUGUUCGUUCAGGAAAUGACCGUGGAGUGUAUUGAGCUGAACUGUGGUCUUCCUUGUCGUCCUCUAGGCUUUGUUCCACUGCUGGUUUCUUCAGAUGGCCUUGGACAAUGCCUUUUCAUCAAUUCAACCGGAUUUUAUUCGUUAGAACCAGUAUCGUAAGUCCUCACGGUUUUAUCUAUUGGUUUUUAGAUGUUUGCCUGAGUUUACAUUGGAAUUCUUGACUGCACGAGGGUUUUCCAAAAAUCAUUUUGUAAAGUUUUGUGAGGCCACCAAGAAUGAGCAAGCUAAAUUAUAUGAGAAAGUUCUGGUGGAGAGUAUUAAACAGAAGAAGGAGGGAGCCGUCGACGGAAUCAUUUACUUGGGAAUUGAUCUUGCGGUAUGUAUUAUGUUCUAUAAUUUUGUCUUUUUUACAUGUCUGUCCAUUACUGGCAGAUUUCUAAAAUCCUUGCAAAUAUCCUCAGUGUCUUUGUAAAAAAUGUGCAUCUUAUAUGCAUAUCUCUUGUCGUAAGUAGUACUUUUAAAAAGUCAAUUUUGAUUUUUUUUUGGUAAAAAUACUCGAUCUGAUUUCGAAUAUAAUGUUCGUUUUUGUACUAUAAAAGUUUAACUUUGAUAAAUCAGUGUAAAUUUGAUUUUGCCCAUGGUGGCAUUUGACUCUAAUGGACCGAAGUUUUUUAUGUACAUUAUGUAAAGGUUUUUUAUUUCAGAUUCCUCUCCAAAAAAUCGCAGCGAUUUUGACAGAUAACCAAGAAUUUGAUGCCUUAAUCCCCUUCUUAUCCAUAAAAUGCCAGAAAGAUCGGAACGAUGUGGAGAGCCGAGAAAUUUUAUUUGAUGCCUACCUCAACAAGUUAUACAAAAACGGACCGUCGACUUCUUUGGAGACUGAUAUCUACUUAUUUUUGAUUGAAUAUCAAGUGUCAGAGGAUUCAUUGAAAGUGUUCCUCAAGAACAAACUCCUUUCUUGUGUGCUGAUAUUUCUCCUCAAAUCUCGAAGUACAGUAUCACAGGAGAUCUGCUCUUAUUUUUUGGAUAAUCCUGAUUGGAAAGAUUACAAUCGACAUUGUUUCCUUCAGAUAAUUGUGAAUUUGCAAUGGAAUUCUGUGGAUGGAACGACAAAGCAAGCCUUGUUGAAGUUGCUGGCUAAGUUCUGUGUCCAAAUAUCUGAUCUCCAUGAGUUGGUGAUGGUAUUGAAUAUGGCUGAGACUGGAUUGAAGACUGAUCCCGUGUUCCUGAAUCUCUUUAUUUUGAUUGGAUUGUAUGUCCAAUAUCGUCUUGUAAGUGAUUUAUUGUAUAAACGGAUGGUUUUUAUAGCAUGGUCUUUCUAUAACCAGCUGGUCUCCAUUCUCUUGUGGAUCCAAUUUUUGCGCUGUUCUGGCCGAUGACAGGAGUUUAUGGGUAUGGGGAGAGUUUGUGGCCGGAAAUAUCAAGACCAAGAGCUUGAGCAGCACCACCAUGGCCAGAUCCUCCACUCGCUCGAUCAUUGACAAGCCUUUAUUCCGGAUGACCAAGGCUCCAAGGAGGAUUCAACUUCAUAAAGACAUUGUGGAUGAUUCUGUAGGAGUAAGUGUGGCAUGAUGACUUGAGUUUAAAUAUUAUGUUUACUUGCUUUCUUUUUUAGGUAUGUGAAAUUAAAUGCGGAACCGAACACAUUCUCAUGCUUGACGCAGGUGGACGUGUUUACAGUUACGGUAAAAAUAGGUUUGGCCAAUGUGGAGUAGGACAUAUGGAUCCAGUCGCGGAAAUUACGGUAAAUGAUUUUAUGUAAUUAUUAUAUUUUGAGAUAUCUUUUUAGAGAAUAGAAGGGAAUUUUGGAAGAAUUAAGGGCAUUUCUGCUGGCCAUUACCAUUCGGCUCUGCUGGAUGAGAACUUCAAUGUCUGGAUGUUUGGUUGGGCAAUUCAUGGCCAGUUGGGAAUAAAUACUGUAGCCAAUGUUACAGUACCCGUGAUAGUCAGAAGUCUGAGGUAAGAAUGACGGGGCAGUCAAUAUGCUUUAGUAACCUAAAUAUAAGGAAAAUGGAAUUGGGAAUGGCCCAUUCCCUUUUUUUGACCGAAUCUGGCCAGGUCUAUGGAUUUGGCCAUAUGGAUAACGGAGAGCUGAUAAAAGACCCGGCCAAAGAUCCCACCGGGCUUCAGAAACAGAAGUCAUUCAAACCUAUGAAGUUGGAUCUGCCGGAACCAAUGGAAUUGAUCAGUUGCAAUUACUUCCAAGGCCUUGGAGUCAGUAAAUCAGCCAUCUACCAGUGGGGGGAAUGUCCUCAGACUCUCAAAAUGAACGCCUUCUGGCAAAAGCACAAGACCGCCAAGAGCAAAGCACAGGCUGGGAAUACACGAGUCAAAUCACCGAUAGAUCAAUGGCCAAGCGAGGGUGGAAAUGGCCAAGGCCGUGAUCAUUUUCAGUAUAAGAAAAUGGUCGACUGGGAUAUGGAGGAAAGACCGAUCAAACAGAUCUCUUGUGGAUACAAUCAUUCAGCUCUGCUGACUCAGGAUGGGGAGAUUUAUACCUGGGGAAAGGGACUGGAUAAACAAUUGGGACAUGGCACCAAAACGGAUAAAAUAAUACCGACAAAACUUGUCGAGCCAGUUGACGUGGUCUGGAAAUAUGUUCAUUGUGGUAAGUGGGAGUGUAACUGAUCUUAGUUUUUACAAGGAAAGUACUUUUAUGGGGGCUCCUACUUUUUGACGGGACAUAUCUCAAAAAAUCAGAAAAAAUGCGCUGAUCAAGGAUAUAUAAAUCUUAGCUGCCCAUUUUAGGUUUUUAAGGGUGAAAAUGCCCAAAAACUGGUUUAAUUUCCCUACAAAAGGCAGACAUUCGAAACGAUAAAAAGAGCACUCGAUCUCUUCCUUCGGAAGAGAGCGGUGUGGCCGAGUGGUUAGUGCCGUAGUCUGGGAAUCAAGAGGGGGGACGCCGCACGGGUUCGAUUUCCCUUUUGGGCCGAAUCAACUUUUUUUGAAGUUGAAGGUCGGAAAAAUAAAUUUUUGUGCCAAGACUGUCUUAUUACGUCUUAGAAACUCAAUAAACACCAUUUUAAGCCAAAAUAAAAAUUGUAAACCUUUGAAAAAAUUAAGCGAAAAGGGGUUCAUAUAGGACUUUAAGUCAACUUCCGACUGAGUUUUCACCCCUAAAAACCUAAAAUGGGCAGCUAAGAUCUAUAUAUUCUUGAUCAGCACAUUUUUUCUGAUUUUUUGAGAUAUGUCCCGUCAAAAAGUAGGAGCCCCCAUAAAAGUACUUUCCUUGUUAAAACGGACUUUUUUACAAAGUGAAGCAUGGCCCGGACAUUGUUGCGGUGACCAUCACCGAAUUUCUUCAAAUUUGGCUCAUAGAACACCCACAAGGCAUACAUCAAAAGCGUCAAACGUUUUCCCAAAAUUUGCAUUAUUUCGGGAUUACUGUAACAUUUUGUGUUUUAUAAAGCGGCCGUUGUCGUGGACCAGGUGAUCGCCCUACGGGCCCGAAACUUCUUGUCUGUAUGUUUUCGAACAUGGCCAACAUUUUUCUAAUUGAAACUUUUUUUGUAUCUUUUCGUCUUUCGGUAGUACCGUAAUCGUCAUGAUACCAUAUCGAUUACUGCCGAAAAUUGGAAAGAGUGUAACAAGUUUUCAAACCGGAUUAUAAAAGUUGGACACCCUUCCCGUAAAAUAAAACAAAAAAAUCAAAAAUAAAAAUAUAAGUUUUUAUCUAAAGACUUAUAAAAAUAUAAGUCUUUAGAUAUAAGCGUUCAAAGUUGCUAUGUUCGGUUACUGUAGGACCAAAAUAGAGACGAUCAAUUUUUAAACUUUUCCAUUAAUCUCUACGGUUCACAUAUUAAUAGAUCAGCCUGAGAAAAAUAGUUUCAGGUCAAAAAAUAAAUAUUUGAGGCUUUAUAUGAUGGUUACUGUAGUUUCUAACUUUUAUUAAUUUCGCUAACAAAUUUAUUGGAAUGACGAAUUUAGACAAGCUAUCCGGGUCAGAAACGCGCAUACAUCAUGGAAGGCAAAAAUCAGAAUCGUAAUACUACCCAUUCCUGAAAUAGUGGGAGAUUACGGUAGCCGUACCCACUUUUUUCGCUGUUUGGCCGCGGCAUUCUUUGGAGCUGCGAGUGUAACAACUUUUGAGGCCUGAAAUUUAUUCAUGAUGAAUAGAAGAGCAUUUCAGCAAAAAAUCGCGAAAAUAAAAAUAUAAGUUUUUGAGAAAAUUCGGGAUUACGGUCAUUUCAGGGGAUUUCCUCUCCUAAACUACCGUAAUCCGGGAUUUUCUCAAAAACUUAUAUUGUUAUUCUCGGGCUUUUUUACAUAGGUACUUUCUAGAGCAUCGGGGAUGUAUUUCCGGCUUCAAAAGUUGUUACACUCGCAGCUCCAAAGAAUGCCGCGGCCAAACGGCCCAAAAACCCCCUAAAAUGACCGUAAUCCAGGAUUUUCUCAAAAACUUAUAUUUUUAUUUUCGCGAUUUUUUGCAGAAAUGCUCUUAUAUCCAUCCUGAAUGAAUUUCAGGCCUCAAAAGUUGUUACACUCGCAGCUCCAAAGAAUGCCGCGGCCAAACAGCGAAAAAAGUGGGUACGGCUACCGUAAUCUCCCACUAUUUCAGGAAUGGGUAGUAUUACGAUUCUGAUUUUUGCCUUCCAUGAUGUAUGCGCGCUUCUGACCCGGAUAGCUUGUCUAAAUUCGUCAUUCCAAUAAAUUUGUUAGCGAAAUUAACAAAAGUUAGAAACUACAGUAACCAUCGUAUAAAGCCUGAAAAAAAGCCUCAAAUAUUUAUUUUUUGACCUGAAAAUAUUUUUCUAAGGCUGAUCUAUUAAUGGGUGAGGCGUGGCAAUCAAUCGUACCGUUUGAAAAUUGAUCAUCUUCUUUUUGGUCCUACAGUAACCGAACAUGGCAACUUUGAACGCUUAUAUCUCAAAAACUUAUAUUUUUAUUUUUGAUUUUUUUGUUUUAUUUUACGGGAAGGGUGUCCAACUUUUAUAAUCCGGUUUGAAAACUUGUUACACUCUUUCCAAUUUUCGGCAGUAAUCGAUAUGGUAUCAUGACGAUUACGGUACUACCGAAAGCCGAAAAGAUACAAAAAAAGUUUCAAUUAGAAAAAUGUUGGCCAUGUUCGAAAACAUACAGACAAGAAGUCUCAGCCCCGUAGGGCGAUCGCCCGGUCCGUGACAACGGCUGCUUUACAAAACCCAAAUUGUUACAGUAAUCGCGGACUGGUUGAAAUUUCGCGAAACCCUUCUUCGCUUUUCAUCAGCAUGCUCACAAGGGAAUGGACUUUAUGUGUAAAUCGAUUUUGGCUUGGGACCUAGUCAGAUCGAAAGGUGUGUGGUAGUCGAUUAUUCACUUGGGGGGAAAUCUCUGCGCGGGGCUUCAAAGCCGAGAAAAUCGGCUUCAAAGUUUGGACGAAAGUCAAAGGAUAAGGAUCCCGGAAAAGGAGCGAUAAAAAGUGUGAAGCAGUGGCCGAGUGGUCAGUGCGCUCGCUUUUUGCGCAAAAGGUCGCAAGUUCGAAUCUGCUUCCAUUCAUAAGUUUUUUAGACAAAAACUUCUAUUAAUUUUUUCCCCUGAACUCGAUUAUCGAUACAAGAAGUAUAUUUUAAACGGAACUUUUCCAUUUUCAACGGCUUCGCAGCUUCCCUUUACAGUUUUAGAGCGCAGGGCACACCAUCAACCUGAUGUAUUCAAAAACAACUUUCCAUUAUGUUAACUUUUUUAUCUAUACCCCUUUUUUAAAUGUACAGCCGGAUUAGCACGAAGAAAGCAAAAGUAAAAACGAUAAAUGAUGACUUGGGCUUGGAAAGAUUCGAACCUGCAACCUUUUGCGCAAAAAGCGAGCGCACUGACCACUCGGCCACUGCUUCACACUUUUUAUGGCUCCUUUUCUGGGAUCCCUAUCCUUUGAUUUUCGUCCAAACUUUGAAGCCGAUUUUCUCGGCUUUGAAGCCCCGCGCAGAGAUUUCCCCCCAAGUGAAUAACCGACUCCCACACACCUUUCGAUCUGACUAGGUCCCAAGCCAAAAUCGAUUUACACAUAAAGUCCAUUCCCUUGUCAGGCCCUUCUACUGGCCAAGUUUCAAGAAAUUUGGUGAUGGUCGUUGCAACAAUGUCCGGGCCCCUUGGAGGGAAGCUUCAGUUUGUAAAAAACUCUCUUUUAAGGCCGGAAUACAACAAUGGCCAUAACGAAUAGAGGGGAAUGCUUUAUUUGGGGACGAAAUGAUCGAGGACAACUGGGGGUGAAGGGAAGUGACCAAAGUAGUUCUUCUGGAGACAAGAACGACUCCACUCCUAAAAGGUACGUUCUCAAAUCAUCCACCGGGAACAAGAGAAGGCCCAUCGAAGUCCCCGUCUCACAAUGUAUCGAUAAACCUACAGUAAUCCUCUCGUUGAAUGUGGCUGUUCAUCACAUGGGUAAGUAAAUAAUGUAAAUUCUUUAAUAUUUUAUUGUUUUUCUAUCCCUUUCAGCUGUUACUGAUUUGGAUAUUAAACUUCGUUUAUGGAUAGAUGAAUGUUCCCAGUCGAAUCUCGACCACAUUUCUCGCGAUCUCCGGUCACUCGUCAUUUAUUCCCCUCAGGCAGUAAAGGUCCAAUUCAAGGCUGGUGAUCUUAUCUCUGGUCUCCAACGUUUGGUUUUGCUCUACGAGAUUAUGAAGAAGACCACGAAUAAUUUCCUGUUGGAAUCGACCGAUUCUCAGAACGGGAACACCCCAAGUUCGUCAUCGACUUCUACCAAACCGAUGAAUCAAGAUGAUUUCGAGGGUUUAAUGGAGAUUUCCUUCCAGCUUCUCUCCGCUCAUCCAGCCGAAGAGAUCAAAUUAGUAGCCGGUUUACUCAUGAUGAAGGCCCAAUUCCCCAUUUACAACCGGAUAUCGAUCAACCAACGACUUUGUCGUCUCCUCGCAGGUCAUAUUGAACUUCCGCAGAAUGCAGGACGCUCAGGACGGAUGAGUGCAUCUCCUUUGAACUCCCUCUCUUCCACUACAGGAUCCACUAUACUCUCCAGCUCGGAUUAUUGUACUUCGGGAUCUUUGAAUCGUCAGAAGAUGUCCGAACUGAAUCAGAAAGAGAGGGCAGUCAUGUUGAAGAAAGCCCGACUUCCAGGAAACUCAAAAAUGCAACUCUUAAUUAAAAGAGCGACGGAAUUAAGUGACAAGUUCGUGUUCUACUCGGGAUGUGGACACUUCGAACGUAAGGUGGUCCCCACCUCCGUACAACGACGUCAGCAACAACGGGUUUCCGAUGGGAGUUGUCGUUGCUCCCUCUGCGUCCCGCCUUAA